AUGGGUGUGUCUCUGAUUGAGUUUUUCAUAGUAGAAGAAAUGAAGGAACAUUUAUUGAGUCUCAGGCAGUGGGUUGGUCAGCAAGGGAAAAAAAAUCGACAAAAAUUGGAAAAAGACAAGGCAGAAAGAAGACGGAAGAUUGGAUUGCCACCAGAAGAUCCUGAUGCUACAAAGCCUUCUACACCUGUUGUGAAGGAAAAGAAGAGCUCAUUGCCAGUCAAGCCUCCCACAAAGGCAGAACAAAUGAGAGAGUGUCUACGAUCUCUCAAGCAGAACCAUAAGGAUGACAAGGCCAAAGUGAAGACGACAUUUAAUGCGCUUUUAACUUAUGUGAAGAAUGUUGUGAAAAAUCCCAAUGAGGACAAAUUCCGUAAAAUUAGACUCACUAAUGCCACAUUUCAUGCUAGAGUUGGUGCACUGCAAGGUAGAAUUGAGUUUCUCAAGCUAUGUGGGUUUGAGAAAAUUGAAGGAGGUGAGUUCUUGUUUCUACCUAGAGACAAAGUCGAUAAAGCAGUGCUGAACUUAGAUGGGACCGAGUUGAAUAAUGCAAUAAGUAAUCCUUUCUUUGGGGUUCUCUAA